AAUGACAACGCUAAAGAGUUUAGUAAUUAGUGACAAGCAUAUUAUUUUCUUUGUGCCGGUUGUAUUCAUAUUUAUUUAUUACAGCUAAAAAAAUAUAAUUGCAAUGCUUUAUAAUAACUUCCAAAAACUUGGAAAAUUAACCGCUAAUGGCAGCGUCAAUUCUCUCAAGUCGUUGCCGUACCUGAGACUUCAACAGCAACAGCGUCAAGCGCAACGUUGUUACAGACAGAUUUGUUUAACCCAGCCACCAGCCGCUCAGCUACCAUCAUUCAACACAUGCAAUUUGCUAAGCAGUAAGCGACUGUGUGUAGUGUUGUUGCCGUUUUCUGGAGCUAGUUGCGCCGCUGCUUCGCAACUUGCACCGUCAUCAUCUACCGGCGGACAGGGUUCACAAGCCGACGAUGUCGAUAGCAACAACAUGUCAGGCCAGGACGCUAAAAACGCUAAGUCAAUUUAUGACUUUACUGUCAAGGACACAUAUGGUAACGACGUUUCUUUGGAAAAAUAUAAGGGAAAUGUAGUGUUGGUCGUAAACAUCGCUUCGAAAUGUGGAUUGACCAAGAAUAACUAUGCCAAAUUGACCGAACUAUUGGAGAAAUACGAGUCGAAGGGUCUGCGCAUUUUGAAUUUCCCAUGCAAUCAGUUCAAUUCACAAAUGCCAGAAGCCGAUGGUGAGGCAAUGGUUUGCCACUUGCGUGAUGCCAAGGCCAACAUUGGUGAUGUAUUUCAGAAGGUUGACGUAAACGGUUCUGGAGCCGCUCCACUCUACCAAUACUUGAAGCACAAGCAAACCGGAACUUUGGGUAGUGCUAUCAAAUGGAAUUUCACAAAAUUUCUUGUGGACAAAGAUGGUAUACCAGUAAACCGUUACGCUCCCACAACUGACCCAAUAGAUAUUUCGAAAGAUAUUGAAAAGUUGCUCUAAGUUUUAUUUCGAAUCGAUUCGAAGUUAUUAAAACUAAUAAAAAAUUAUAUAUCUACAAAUUUUUAUUCACAAUUGUAUACAAGUUAUGUACACAUCUACAUUUAUAAGUUAUGUUGAUAUCGAAAUUUGGUUAAGAACCAUUUAGUUACGGUUGUUCAGCACAACUUUACUUGCAUGGACAUGGAAAUGGUAUCUGUGGUACAGUGCGUUAUGCCUACUCUAUAUAUAAUUAUUGUCUUAGUAAUUUUAAAAAGUUUGUCAUUCACUUUUGUUUUGUAAAAUUUCAAAUAUAAAUAAACUUUAAAGAGAAGUAAACAAAAUAAC